AUGCUUCAGCCUGGGAUAGAGCUGGCAGUGGAGCAGAUAAACCAGAGAGAAGAUCUCCUGGCAGGCUACUCUGUCAACCUGACUGUUGCCAACUCUGCUUGCAACCUAAAGUUGCACACGAUAAUCAAUUUUGUAACAACAUUCUUCUACAGUGGUGUGAAGUUUGCGGGGAUAGUGGGACCUUUGUGCUCAGAUGCAGUGAAGUUGAUAUCACCCAUCACUAGACAGGAGGGUGUCUCGCUUCUCAAUUUCCAUGCCGGUAGCUCCCUGCAGUUUACUGAUCGUAACAGAUACAGGUAUGCAUUCAGCACAGUUACUUCAACAAAGCCUUUCAUUGAAUUAUUCUUGCAUCUGAUGAAAGUGAAUGAGUGGGAAUCGGUAGCAGUUUUAUACGAGCAGCAAACAACUGUCUAUCUGAACGCUUACGACUCGCUUGUGGAGAAGCUCCCUCACGUUUACCCAGAGGGUAAAAUUCUUUUUUCUGCUCCCGUGUCUGAAGAGAGUUUGCCCCUCUCAUCAAUCAUUCAUCAACAUCUAAGAGUCGUAAUUCUAAUCACUACACCAAACAUAGCACAUAAAAUACUUUGCUUAAUUCAAAGACGAUAUCCUGAACUUACUUUCCCAUCAUACCAGUUUAUUUUAUUUGGAGAUUACCUUGGCUACUAUCGCCCUGUAAGUUUAACACUCAACAACCAUCACUAUAAAUGCUCUGCAGCAGAGAUUGGACGAGUCAUGGACAGGUUUCUACUAACAGGCUUGAAACUGGAUGUGGCUAAUUCAACUGAAUUGGUCUCUGGUGUGACGUAUGCAGAAAACUUCCAGGAGUAUGAAGAAAGAGCAAAUGGUUCAGCAACACUACCUGCAAAUGCCCUCUAUGACGGAGUGUGGUCUCUGGCACUGGCUCUCAACAACUCCAUUCCUAGACUGAAUGAAAUAGGUCUGGAUAUGGUUGACUACACCUAUGGCCACCGAGAGGCCACUGACAUCAUACGGGAUGAGGUUCUCAAAUUGCAUUUCCAGGAGCUUCUGGACAUAUAUCAUUCAGUAAAGACACCGGGUUCACUACUUCCUCUGUUCCUCUUGAACAGAUAG